GCGGGGUCAGGUUUCCUUCAACUCGGCAUUUAAAUUGAGCUGCAGGACAUCAUCUGCUGCCACAUUGAGCACACAACUGUGACAGAAAAUAACCCUUAGCGCGACCUAAAGAGUCUGCUCUUAUUUUGGCUCAUAAACGGCAGAAAUAAUUGUCGACGCUGGGGAGGUUUGGGUUGUUUUUGGGGGCAGAAUAGCGGGAGAGGCUGAACAAUAACGGAGGUUGCACUGUGACAGCAGCUCGGUGCAUCAUUUCUGGGAUUUCUCAGCGAGCUUCUGGACGAUAUUGAAUAGCGCACAAUUGGCCUGGACUUAAAGAGGACUAAUGGACUCGAUGAUAAAAGUGCGUUUGCAUGAUCAGGUUUGAGUUCUGAUAUGACCGUUUGAUUUAUUUUGUUUUUGUUUUUUUCUUUUGGUUGUACACAUUAUCACAGUAUAAAUCCUAUAAAUAGCAACUCGUUUUGAUAUAACAUCAGACAUAUAUUAAAACAACUGCAGUCACAACCCAUUCAGUGCAGCAGAACAUAGACUGAUAAUUCAUUUUCCUGAGAGUCUUGGGACAAUAAAUAUAUAUAUAUUUUCAAGAUUUGGAAAAAAUAUUACAUUUUAGGAUAGUCUACUUUCAAAGUCAAGCUUUUAAAAAAACAUAUUUUAAAAAACUCAAAUGAAUAUAACUUGCAGAAAAACAGGGUUUUGCUUAAUAAGUUUUAAUAUAAGUUUUCACCACAUAGGAGAGCAUAUCUCAUUUUGAGUGUUGCUUAAGACAAACACCUGCUUUCCUCAGGAGAUAAAGCAAACUUGGAGGUCAAUAAAUCAGAAUAAGCUGACACAAGUGUGCAGCUGAUCCCCCAAGUUAAAUUUUUUAAACUUUUAGUGGCUUAUCUAGUUCCUAGUUCAACAGUAAGCAAUCAGCAACAAUGUUCAGCUGGCUUGGAACCGAUGACAGGAGGAAGAAGGAGCCAGAAGUCUUUCAGACCGUCAGUGAUGGACUGAAGAAACUCUACAAAACCAAACUCCUGCCCCUGGAGGAAAGCUACAAGUUUCAUGAAUUCCACUCUCCAGCCCUGGAGGAUGCUGACUUUGACAACAAGCCAAUGGUUUUACUGGUGGGACAGUACUCCACUGGCAAGACAAGCUUCAUACGCUACCUGUUGGAGCAGGAUUUUCCUGGAAUGCGAAUCGGCCCUGAGCCUACCACGGAUUCUUUCAUUGCAGUCAUGUACGGUGACACAGAAGGAGUCAUCCCUGGCAAUGCUUUGGUGGUUGAUCCCAAGAAGCCCUUCAGAAAGCUGAAUGCAUUUGGAAAUGCAUUCCUCAACAGGUUUGUGUGUGCCCAGCUUCCCAACCCUGUACUGGAAAGCAUCAGUGUGAUUGACACACCAGGGAUUCUGUCUGGAGAAAAACAAAGAAUCAGUCGAGGCUACGACUUUGCAGCUGUCCUGGAGUGGUUUGCGGAGCGAGUGGACAGGAUCAUAUUACUGUUUGACGCCCACAAACUGGACAUCUCUGAUGAGUUCUCAGAAGUGAUAAAGGCCCUGAAGAACCAUGAAGAUAAGAUCAGAGUUGUGCUGAACAAGGCAGACCAGAUAGAGACCCAACAGCUGAUGAGAGUAUACGGUGCCUUGAUGUGGUCACUGGGCAAAAUAGUCAACACCCCAGAGGUGAUCCGUGUCUAUAUUGGGUCAUUUUGGUCCCACCCGUUGUUGAUUCCUGACAACAGGAAGCUGUUUGAAGCAGAGGAGCAGGACUUAUUUAAGGACAUUCAGUCCCUACCGAGAAAUGCGGCUCUUAGAAAACUCAAUGAUCUGAUUAAGAGGGCAAGACUUGCCAAGGUCCAUGCCUAUAUCAUCAGCUCUCUGAAGAAAGAGAUGCCCUCAGUGUUCGGAAAGGAGAACAAAAAGAAAGAGCUGAUUGCCAGUCUAGGAGAUAUUUACAAACGCAUUGAAAGAGAACAUCAGAUAUCACCUGGAGAUUUUCCUAAUCUAAAGAAGAUGCAGGACCAACUCCAAGCUCAAGAUCUCACCAAGUUCCAGCCUCUAAAACCCAAACUCUUGGAGGCAGUCGAUGACAUGCUAGCCAAUGACAUUGCUGGCUUAAUGGUCCUGGUCCGCCAAGAGGAAACCCAGCGACCAAACCCAGUGGUGAAGGGCGGCGCAUUCGAUGGCACUUUGGACGGCCCGUUUGGACACGGGUAUGGCGAAGGAGCUGGGGAGGGCAUCGACGAGGCUGAGUGGGUUGUGGCACGCGACAAACCUGCAUACGAUGAGAUUUUCUACACUUUGUCUCCCGUCAAUGGAAAAGUGACGGGAGCCAACGCAAAGAAGGAGAUGGUGAAGUCAAAACUGCCCAAUACUGUGCUGGGAAAGAUCUGGAAGCUGGCAGAUAUCGAUAAGGAUGGGAUGCUCGAUGAUGAGGAGUUUGCCUUAGCCAACCACCUUAUUAAGGUGAAACUAGAGGGACACGAACUACCGUCAGAGCUGCCUGCACACCUUGUGCCCCCUACCAAGAGGAAAAUCCCUGAAUAAAUGUGAUAUUAACUCAUCACCUGCCCCUAAAACCUGUAAGUAGCCUUGCCCCAUCCCCAGAGAAAAUAACUGGAAACAAUUCAAACAAAAUUGGAUAUUUCCACCUCUCACUACAUGCUAUUUCUGUCAUCCCUAUAUCUAGUCAUAAUUUAAACAAAUAGUGCAGAAAAAUUACAUUCAAAUAAAAACUAACAAACUCUGAGUGACUUUCAGCACACUGGCUGGAAACCUUGCGUAUUAAAAUUUCCCACAUAACUAACCUUUAGUAUGGUGUUUUAAUAGCAUAAAAAAGAUAUUGAUGGAUCUUCAAGCAACAUUAUCCAAAGCAACUAGAUUUUAAAGAGUAAAUGAAGCUGUUAGGAUCAAAUACACACACACACUGGAAUACAAACACUAAAAGUUUAUCUAAACUACUUAAUGUGAACUCAAACACGAGAAGAAAGGGAGAAAAAGUGCUCAUCAUUGUUAUUGCAUGUCGACCUUAUGAAUAAACCCAAACUGAGCUACAGUAUUUCAGGUCCUGCCUUAUCUUUUGCGUCCUGGAACGACAGAGCAAAAUGGCGUUUGUUUGAGCGUGACUUAUUAAACAACUGUGAGGAUUUCCUGGAAAGCUGCUUGGAAAUAUACAAACAAGUUCAGAAGCAGCACACAUGCAGCAGAAAGAAAGCAAAUCUGGUUCCAGUCAUGAUUUUUUAAAUAGUGAUGCACUGUUGUUCAUACUUGUGUGGUGGCUGGAGUUUGACAUUGUCAUCAUUUUACUGUAGCACCUGGAUCCAGCCCUUGCAUUGAAAAAAGGAUAAAGUCACAGAACUGAUUUUGGUCGUUUUAUGAUUUAUAAACAAUUCAGUUAACAUGUAAUGAUACUGUGGUUAUUAAAAUAUAACGUGUUAUGAGUAUUGUCUGGACAUGGACUUUGAAUGUUGAAUGUUCAAGUGUUCAUGGUUCUGUGUCUGUGCGUCCCAGUUUCUGUGUGUACACAUUUGAAGACAUAUGUCAGUGUUAUUAUUUGUAACAUGUAUGUAUUCACUUGUAAUCAUUACAAAAGCUACUAAGCUGAAAGUAUUCCCAUUUAUCGGUAAAUGAAAAAUCAUUGUUCAUUUCUGUGAGUCCAAA